AUGGCUGCUUCAUCAUCUUCUUGUCCUUUUGAUGCGUUCUUGAGCUUUAGAGGCGAUGACGUUCGCAAGACUUUUGCAGAUCAUGUCUAUGCAGCUUUGACUGGAGCGGGGAUUCACACCUUCAGGGACGAUGAAGAAAUUGAGAGGGGGAAAAACAUUGACCAAGAACUCACGAAAGCAAUACAACAAUCAAAAGUAGCAGUAAUAGUGUUUUCUCCAGACUAUGCCUCUUCAAGAUGGUGCCUUGAUGAGCUUUUGAUGAUCAAUGAGCGUAGAAAAUCUGAUGGUAUGCAUAUUUUGCCAAUUUUUUACCAUGUCGAUCCAAGUGCAGUCAAGCGGCAGAAAGAAAGCUUCAAGGAAGCAUUUGAUAGACAUGAAGAGCAACUAAAGGAGGAGAUAGACAAGGUAGAAAGAUGGAGGGCAGCUCUUAAAGAAGUUGCAGAUCUAGGCGGGGAGGUUUUAAAAGACCAUUACGAGGCACCGUUCAUUCAAAACAUUGUCAAGCUCGUUGCGAAUAAAUUGGAUCGCAAGCUUCUGCAUGUGGGUUCCUACUUAACAGGAAUAGAUGAUUAUGUAGGCCGGAUUAAUCAGUGGUUGCAAGAUGAGUCGACAAAUGUUAGGAUAUUGGUACUUUACGGGAUUGGCGGGGUUGGAAAGACCAUCAUUGCAAAGACUGUUUAUAACCAGAACUCUCACAAGUUUGAAAGGAGCUGCUUUCUUGCGGACGUUGCUGAAACAUCAGAAGAGCCAAAAGGUAUGAAUAGCUUACAAGAACAACUUCUUUCAGAUAUCCACAAGCGGGAAUCAGUAAAGAUAUAUAAUGUAGAUGAGGGAGUUAUGAAGAUCAAGGAUGCUAUGUAUUGCAGGAAUGUUAUCAUUAUUCUUGAUAAUGUGGAUAAUUCAGAACAAUUCAAAUCCAUUAUUGGUGAGCAAGAGUGGCUGUCGUCGGGAAGUAAAAUCAUCGUCACAACUCGAUUGAAGUGUUUGUUAAGUGAAGUUUGUUGGAAACUUCACAUUGAGCCAUUGAGUGUUGAAAAGUCACAUAAACUCUUCGCCUUGCAUGCCUUUGGACUAGAAGAUCCUCCUGAAAAUUUCGAUGAGCACUCUGAACGUGUAGUGAGCCUUUGUGAUGGUCUUCCAUUAGCUCUUUGUGUUUUAGGCUCCUUUCUUCGUCGCAGAAGUAUAGAUGAAUGGAAAAGUGAGAUUAAGGAACUGCAAGAAAUUCCUCAUAGUCGAAUUCAAAAGAUUCUCAGAAAAAGCUUUGAUUCUCUACAUAAUGAUCGUCAUCGAAGCAUAUUUCUUCACGUAGUUUUUUUCUUUAUUGGGUGGGAUAAAGAUGUUGUCGUUAAAAUUUUAGAGGGCUGUGGCUUCGAAGCAAUAAUUGGAGUUCAACAUCUCUUGGAUAGAUGUCUCAUUGAAAUCAAUGAAAGAAACAACCUAGCGAUGCAUCAGUUGGUUAGAGACAUGGGUAGGGAAGUUGUUCGCCAAGAAUCUCCUGAUGAACCGGGGAAGCGCAGUAGAAUAUGUAAUCAUAAAGAGGGUACCGAGACAAUUAGGGGCCUCAUUCUUGACAUGCAUUUGUUAAGAGAAGAGAAACAUGUCGGCCCAAUUUCAAAUUAUGGAAAUUACAGUCAUGAAAAUUCGGUGGAGGAAUCAGUGCUUGGUUGUGAAGAUAAUCAUUCAAUGCAUAAUCGUCUUGGUGGCAUCGUUUGGCAGCGGAUUGUGAAUUGUAUCCCAAAAACCUCAUCUACCUCUGCAGAUGUGAUAAAAACAGAGGCAUUUGCAAACAUGCGCCAAUUAAAUGUGCUCCUGCUCGAUGAUGUUAAGCUUGAUGGAGGAUAUGAAGAUUUUCCAAAACACUUGGUGUGCCUGCGUUGGCUCAGAUUCCCUUUGAACUCUAUGCCAACGUGUUUAAAUGUGGAGAAACUUGUUGUUCUUGAUAUGCGGUAUAGCAGGCUAAAACAUGCUUGGCAGGGAAAGUCGUUUCCAUGCUUGAAGAUCCUUGACCUAAGUCAUUCUCAUUUACUCACUACAACCCCUGACUUCACGGGACUACCUGGUCUUGAGAGUUUGCUGCUGAAAGAUUGUAUAAAUUUAGUCAAGAUUGACAAAUCUAUUAGAGUCCUAAGGGGACUUGUCUUGUUAAAUCGUGAAGGCUGCAUAAAUCUCAGGAUGCUUCCAGACACAAUUUCUGAUUUGAAAUCACUUGAAGAACUAUAUUUGACUGGUUGCUCAGAACUUAAAGUGCUACCCAAAGUGCUGGCUCAGAUGGAAUUCGUGAAGGUGUUUUUCGCUGGUGGAAUUACCUUGAAUGAAUUAAGCUUUAGCUCGAGAGAUGUAAGGGGAUAUUGGUCUUGGUUAUCAGGCAGAGAAGGUCCGGAAUCCACUAUGUUUUCAUCUGCUUUUCUUCCACGUUCUUUGACCCAUUUAAUCCUUCCAAACUGCAAUUUAUCAGAUGGUAAAUUUACCACGGAUCUUCAUUUGCCGUCUUUGAGACAUUUAGUUCUGCGUGAUAACCCACUUAAUACUAUAUCGGCUGAAAUUCCUGGGCUCCCUUCACUCGUAUAUCUCGAUAUAACGCAGUGCAACAACUUCAACGUUAUUAUAAAGGUUCCUACGAGUAUAGAGGAACUGAAUUUGAUAGGGAGGUUAGUUACACGUCUGUCGGACUUGCUGCGUUUUGGGUUAGAGGACAUCUCCAGUGGUCGUGAAAACCGCUUGUUCAAUCGGAUUGCCCGUAUUUCCUGGGGAAAUUCAUUACCAUGA